CCCCGUCCUCAUCCCUCACUCCAAGCACUAGCACGCUCCAAGGCCUCACUCACCAGCGACACCCCGAAUCCAGCGGCAUAUGGCCUCCUCCACGAUGCCGCGCCACAUCGCGCUCCUCCUGCUCCUCCUGGCGUCCACGCGCGCGGCGUCCGCGGCCGGCGCCGGCGCCUGCGCGGCCGAGAAGUUCCCGGCGGGGAAGACAUAUGCCAAGUGCGAGGACCUCCCGCAGCUGGGCGCCGCGCUGCACUGGACCUACGACGAGGCCAAGUCGUCGCUCUCGCUGGCGUUCGUGGCGGCGCCGGCGGGUGCCAACGGGUGGGUGGCCUGGGCGCUGAACCCCACCGGCGAGGGCAUGGCCGGCGCGCAGGCGCUCGUGGCGCUCAAGGGCUCCGGCUCCGCCGCCCCCACCGUUAGGACGUACAACAUCACCGGCUACGUGCCGCUCGGCAAGGCCUCCACGCCCAUCGCCUUCCCGGCCACCGACCUCGCCGCCGACUCCGGCAGCGGCGGCAAGAUCCGGCUCUACGGCAAGCUGCAGCUGCACAGCGGGAUGAAGGCGGUGAACCACAUAUGGCAGGUCGGCACCUCCGUCACCGCCGGGGCCCCCGACAAGCACGCCUUCGCCGCCGGCAACCUCGCCUCGAAGUCCAAGCUCGUCCUCUCGGGCAAAGCGGCCUCCGCGACCUCGCCUUCGCCGGCGCCCGCCCCCAUGGCCGGUGGCCCGUCCGGAUCGGCCGGCAGCGACGGCGGCGCUUCGGCGACCACGGCGCCUUCAGCCGGCAAGUCCCCGUCGGGCGCGGCCGCGGUCGGCGUGUCGGCGCCGGCACUCCUCGUGCUCGCGUUGAUGGGCCUCCUCGCGGUGGUAUGAUGGCAUUUCCUGGCGGUAGCACGAAUGAAUGAGUACGUACUAUAAUUAGUGGAGGUGGCAGUGGGCAUGGGGAGGAAGCAUUUCUUGAACAAUAUAUUUGUUCCAUUUUUGUCGAUCGAUCUUGCUAUGCUGCCUAUUCUUUUUCCUAAUUUCGUUUGAAAUAAAAGAUGGUUUGCGUACUAAUUAUUAUUAUCGAGCUGUUGUUUUUAGGUAGAAGUACGUAGCACCGCUAGCAGUUGGUGAUUAUUGUAUUUUUUUUUGCGAGAGGUGAUUAUUGUAGUAGUACUAUUGUGGUCGACAUGUCACUGAAUUUGUCAUAUGACUAAUAAGUAUAAAUUUUAUCAUCAAA